AUGUCAUCUCUCGCUGCGCUGGCGCUCGCCGGCGCCGGCGCCUGCGCUCGCGCCGGCGGCGGCCGCGCCCUCGGGCCGAGGCUGCAUGUGCCUCAGCCUCUCGCCGCCGGCUGCGGCGUCGGCCUACCCGAGGCGCAGCGGCACUACCUCUUCUCGGUGAUGCGGCUGCGCGAGGGCGGCCGCGCGCGCCUCUUCAACGCGGACGACGGCGAGUUUGAGGCCGUCGUCGACGCCAUCGGCAAGCGCGAGUGCCGCGUCUCGCUGCUGUCGCGGCUGCGGCCUCCUCCGGCGCCAGAGGAAGGCGGAGGGCCGACGCUGCUGUUUGGCGUACUCAAGGGCGCCCGACUGCCCACGCUGGUCGAGAAGGCGACCGAGCUCGGCGCCGGAGCCCUCCAGCCGGUCGUGUGCGAGAGGUGCGCCGCCCGCUCUCUCAACCUCGACCGCCUCUCCGCCAUCGCGACAGAGGCGCGGGCGCCGCAGCGGUGGAGCGAGCUGUGCCCCCUUCCCCUCACGCCGCCUGCGUCGAGCGGCUUCUCGGCGGCGGAGUUCGAGGCGGUCACCGCCACGCCGGGCGUCGCGUUUGUCUCGCUCGGGCGCAACAUUCUGCGCGCAGAGACGGCAGCGCUGGCGGCGCUUGCGGUGGUGGGGGCGGAGGAGGAGGCGGUGGGAGGGAGGGCAGGUACGUGA